CGCGCGGCCGGUCCCGCCCUCUCCUCCCUCACCUGAGGGCGGGAAAGCGCCGUGAGGGCAGCGCGGGCAGGUGAGGUGGGCGGGCAGAGGGAGAGCCGUCGUCUGUCUUAGCCUGUCUCCUUUGCUGGAGGGACGUGCCGAGCAGCGGAGGAUGCGCCCUCCCGCCCGCCCUUCAUCUGCUCGGGCUCUGGCGUCUCUGAGGGAGCUGCGGAUGCAGCCUAUGAAACCUUCUGCAAUGAGCAAGCGAAAGUUGAAGGACAGCAGUGCAGAAAGUGCUGAGUGCAUUUCCCAGGUGCAAAAAAUCUUACGAGAAAGAUUCUGUCACCACUGUGCUGCUGGAAAACUGUUUGGGAUGGAGCAGCAGUACAGACAUUUGCUGGAGCUGCUGAAAAGAACCACGGUGCACGGGGAGAGCAAUUCCGCCCUCAUUAUCGGCCCCCGGGGAUCCGGGAAAACGGCGUUAUUAAAUCAUGUCUUAAAGGACCUCAGGGAAAUGGAACAAGUGAGAGAGAACCUCUUGGAAGUCCAUCUGAAUGGGCUUCUGCAGACAAAUGAUAAAGUGGCCCUGAAGGAGAUCACCAGGCAGCUGCAGCUGGAAAAUGUGGUUGGGGACAAAGUUUUUGGCAGUUUUGCUGAGAACCUUGCCUUCCUCCUUGAAGCUCUGAGGAAAGGAGACCGAACCAGCAGCUGCCCAAUUUUGUUUGUCCUGGAUGAAUUUGAUUUGUUUGUCCACCACAAGAACCAGACCCUGCUCUACAACCUCUUUGACAUCUCCCAGUCUGCACAGACCCCAGUGACAGUUAUUGGGCUCACCUGCAGGCAGGAUAUCCUGGAGCUCUUGGAGAAGAGAGUGAAGUCAAGGUUCUCCCACAGACAGAUAUAUUUGAUGAAUUCCUUUGAUUUUAAGCAAUACAUUAAGAUAUUUAAGAAACAGCUUUCUCUUCCUGCUGAAUUUCCAGAUGAGUCUUUUGCACAAAAAUGGAACAAUAAUGUUCAGCAUCUCUCAGAGGAUAAAACAGUGCAGGACGUGCUGCAGAACCUCUUCCACCACACCAAAGACCUGCGCUCGCUGCACUUGCUGCUGAUGCUGGCCAGCAGCGCAGUGACCGUGCACCACCCCCUGCUCACGGCUGCAGACCUGCAGGAGGCCAGCAGGCAGCACAGCACCGACUCCAAGGCCAACAUCGUCCAUGGUUUGUCUGUGCUGGAAAUCUGCCUCAUCAUAGCCAUGAAACACCUGAAUGAGGUCUAUGAUGGAGAGCCGUUCAACUUCCAGAUGGUUUACAAUGAGUUCCAGAAGUUCAUCCAGAGGAAGGCACAUUCUAUGUACAACUUCGAGAAGCCAGUUGUCAUGAAGGCCUUUGAGCACCUGCUGCAGCUGGAGCUGGUGCAGCCGCUGGAGCGGCCGUCGGCGCGGGCGCAGCGCGAGUACCUGCUGAUGAAGCUGCUGCUGGACAGCAGCCAGAUCAUGGAUGCCCUGCAGGUGUACCCCAACUGCCCCACGGAUGUCAAGCAGUGGGCAGCCUCCUCCCUCAGCUGGCUCUGAGCUCCACCAGCCCUGCUGGGAUGCUGGGAGCUCCAGCACAGGGAAUGUCUACCCCCAGGAAGGUGUUCAGAUCAGUGAAUUUUUGGAAGCAGCUUUCUUUGCUGAUCCAUUUGGGAUUUUCUAGGGAGAACGGUGCUGCAGUUCCCUUCCAGCAGCCAGAACUGCCUCACUCACUCCCAGGUGCUUUAGCUCAGCUCAGUGCCAACUCCUGCUCUCACACUCGGUUCCCACGUGGAGAAACCCAAGCUCUGGGGUUUCUCCCUGUGGCUGAGGGCUCUGGAUCCUGGCUCAGGCCAUGCUGCCCUCCUGGCUCCCUUCUACAGCCCCGUCAGGUCACAGCUAACACUGCACUUUUCCAUCUCAAAUCUGACUUGACGUGCAAAAUUUAUCCAAUUAAAUCUUUAAUCACAACUGAAUUUACUUCAUUAAAUGUUAAAUCCAGCAGGCUUCAGCCACCAAGGGCUGUUUUAUGCCAAGUACAAGGUAACAUCUUUCCAUACCCGAUUGUUUGGAGCAAAACUCAAGAGUUUGGCACAAGAGCUGCUGUAGGACCAGCCCCCUGUGUUUAUUUUAAAAUAAAGUUUUCGAAGAAGCGUUUGCAAGUCAGAGUAGUCACAUUUUUUAUUUUCCCGCUGGGGAAGAGGGCAGAGUAUACAUUUGUAUUUGUACAAUAUUUAACAAUCACUUUAUUGAGGGCGAGGGGGGGUUGGUUGGUUUUUUUGGCACUCGCAGAAAAGCAGCAAGUGCCUUUUAACAGUAGUACAACAACCUGUGCCCAAAACACUGACAAAUACAAAGAGGAAAGUUAAAGUAAUCGCUCACCAAACUCGAGAGGUAACGAAGAGGAGAUGGACUGAAAAAAACAAACUGGAGGGAGAAAGCAAAGCAGUCCUGCUGGUUGAGUAUCUGAGGUAACAGAUGUUCCAUCAAGGAUGCUACUGCAGUCCUUUUGCCCAGGGAUGUGUAUUGCAGCUUCCUGUGUUUUGUACCAAGUGUUCCUGAUUAACAGAAAUGUCUUUAAAAAGGUUAAAAAAGCUGGCAAAGAGGAGAGGCAGUGAUGACUGAUUGUGGAUGCUGAUGGGAGCAGGACAGGUCUCAGCACUGGCUACAGGUGAGGUUUGAGAAGUGCACCGCUGCGGUUCCUGGGUCAUUCCAUGCUGGGGGCAGUUUGGGAAUGCCCCAGGAAGGGCAGCACUGGUUCAGCCCCCUCCAGCAGCUCUGGGGCCCUGGGACAGGAACUUGUCACCCUCAACAGUCACAGCUGGUGAGGCCAGGCAGGAAGGGAGCAAGGGCACUGCCUGAACCAUGCCAGAAUCCUCCCUAGCACUCCUGCAUCCUGCCCUUGCUGCUCCCAGCUCACUCACUGUAUGCUCCGAAGGGACAGGAAUUCAUUCCCAAGCCCUGGGGGCACAGCUGGAGCACAGCAGCUGGGGAGAUCACUGAGCCAUUGAAAGCUUUGGGGAGAGCAGCCUUUCCUCAGGGACGCUACAUGGUGCUGGAAAUCCCAGGAAGCCGGGAGUGGAACAGAGCAGGGACAGCCCAAAGGUAGGAGCCAGCCCUGAGCCUGCUGCAGCUCCUUGGGAGGGUCACACACAAGGAGGGACUUGGAUACAGCUUCAAUUUUUGCACUGGAUUUCCAAGAGCAAAGAAUGAAAAGUGGCUCCAGUGCUGGCAGGGAAGGGUUAAAGCCCCGAGGUGUCCGUGGUUGGGAUUUGUUCAGAACUCCAGUCCUGCCCUGCUCUGAGUGAAGUUUAAUUAAAAGUGGAGCACAAAUGGAAGCGUCCAGCCAAGAGGACCCCACAAACUGGAUCUCCUUCCCUUUUCCAAGGGCCCCUUGGAGCAGGAUCCUCAGGCACAGCUGUGACCAGCAGUGCCACAGCCCUGGCUGGAACAUCAGCCCUUCCUCCCUCCCUGCCCAGAGCUGCCUCUGCUUCAUCCAUCACAUCCCACUGCUCCCAGGGGGAGUUCCCAGAUCCAGGUUCCAGCCAGCCUUCAGGAGCUGCCACCUGCUGCUUUCCAGACACUGGGUGUGGACACACGGACACAAGGACACACAGCACACCACGGGCCGCUGCCGGCUCUGCUCCAGGGGCUCACAGCGUUUAUUUUCCUUGGAAUUUGAUGUGAAGGAUCCAAUCAAUGCAUUUGGGAGAAGCACUUUGGCACCCAGCUACCAGUCACAGUAAUUCCAGCACAAGGCUUGACAUCCUGAACUCCAGUGCUGGAGUUGUGAAUUUCCAUGUUUUUCCUCGUUUUCUGGCCAUUGAAAUUCCUUUCGUUACCUCGGAAUGGUCAUUGCAUAUUGUGAGCAGAACUAGGUUAUCCCUGAAAUUUAACAUUUAGGAUCUGCAAUCUGUGGCUAGAACCUUGUGAGUGACUCCAGGCUCAACCUGUGGCUCACAGGCCGUGAGCUGCACUCCCCUCCCAUGGCACCGAGCUUUGAGUGGAGGGAAGCUGCAAAUCUCCAAGCAGAGGGUGAGGAAUUGGGGGAACUGAGCUUCCUGAGGUGAUCCUGAAACAGUGACACAGCCCCCACUGCCUGGCGGGACAGGGAACACGCGGCGACCUCGGCACAAACAUAAAUAGGAAAAAGACUCUUUUUAAAAAAAAAAAAACAACAAGAAUUCAGAGCUUUCCAGUGUCACAGCUCAGAGAAAAUUAAAAAAAAAAAAAAAAAAAAGAAAAAAAAA